AUGUCAGUGUAUGUGACAUCAUCAAAUUUUGACAGUUCUGAUGAAGAAUAUGUUUUGGAAGUUGUUUUAAAUCUACCGAGGCCAAGAAGAUAUCGGGACCGUUUCAAUCCACUCGAAGAAUAUGAUGAAUAUGAUUUCCAAAACAGAUUUAGAUUACAAUUUUCGGAUUGCGAGGAAUUAAAAGAAUCUGGUUGGGAGAGCAGCGUGGCCAGAGAAAAAGUGUUUGAGGAAUUAAUGUUACAGGAUAACAUCUCAAGCUUGGAAGACAUUCUGAGAAUAUUGGGUUCCACUCGCGGAGGAGAAUGGCAAAUUUUUAGGGACAGGGCUAACGAUUUUGUCAACACGAUCAAUCUUGGAGUUUUUGAUUUUAUUGAAAGAACGUGGACGAUAUGGACAAAUAAUCCCUUGACCAAUCCUCCUAUUAUAAAGUUGCCUUUAAAAUUCACGACUUUCAUCAGUCCUACUACGGAUAUAGGAACUGAGAACCAUCCAUAUAUUCACAAAAUUAUGUCAGGAGUUUCUGAUAUUUAUAAAAAUAGUUUAGAUAAGUUUAAAAAAAUGUUUGAUAUAAGAUUAUAUUAA